AUGAACCACUCGUUCACCACGGUGAAUUUAAUGGCAACAGGACAGGGAAUCACUACCAACAUGUUAAUAUCUGUGGUACUACUAUCCCUUCUUUUAUACGUUAACAAGGUAACAAGAUGUCAUUCACAUGCUGAAAAAGGUGCCAAAGUCUCAAAGCGAACCGGGAGUAUCUCUCUCGGGUACUGGUUGGAUAGUGUUCCUCUGGAGGUUCACGAAAAGCACAUCUACUUCGAUAUUGAUUUAUAUGAAAAUGAAACUGUAUCGGUGGGCUGCCCAUAUCUAACAGAAGAUUCAUACUUGGAUCCUCUGGAUGAAAUGAUGUUUUACCAUACCAAUGCAUUCCAAAGUGCGGCAAGCACCGAUGAUGACGGAUCUUACCCCAAGCACAGGUUGAAAAGAAAGAUAAGUGAUGUUGUGGAGAUGCUCGAUGUAACCAAAAUUGAUGGUACCCCGGAAUGGCAAUUCUCGUUCGUCGGAGAACCAUAUAACUACGGCAUAGAGAGACUUUAUUUCGAUUGCAUUGACAAUUCAGGUGGGAAAAGAGUCCACACGGCCUCAGUGCAGAUAAAUGUGAUGCCUACAUAUCAUACUAUAAAAGCAGAAGAAAACCUUGAUUUUACCACGACAAAAUAUUCACCCGAUGGAAUUUAUGCAGUAUAUGUAAAGUAUCCUAGACCGGGUACAAGCUUGUCCGUCACAUGCCACGAUUUUGCCCUUAGUGGGAAUUAUGGUAUGGAUCAUCGUCAAAGCAGCAUCACAAUGGAGGGCGUAUCUGAGGUAGGUGUCACAAUAGUUAUGGAUUUCGCCCAAGAUUUCGAAUGCUCGGCUUCGUCUCAUGAGGGGUCGGAAGUUUGUAGAAACAGAGGCAAAUAUCUUUUGUAUCUCAUAUGCGAGAUACUACAUUCAAAUACAAUGGUUGAUGCGGGGUCUCUUGCUAAAAAUAUGGACGAGACUAGUGAGCAGUCGAUAAACCCCGAAAACCAUAUGAUACAUUUCUAUCAUCCUGAAAAUGCGAAAGACAUAGAGCCUCCAGACUUCCCAGAAGCGUUGAUACUAAAUUCAAACACUCCAACUCGUGUAAAGGAUUUUGCUUUCAAUGUAAAUGCAACACGGAAGGCCGAGAAAUACUCUGCAAUAGACGUCAGCCUAUAUUAUACAUAUCGAUCUCAUGCUGCUUCAUUUAUCGUUAAGCAAUCUGCAGGUACAUAUAGUAUGAAAUACAAUAUAAAAUUUGUUGCUGUUUGUGACUUCACUAAUAUAGAUUACCUUGAUGCGGACGGUAAAACGUGUACGGUGUUUGUCUCCUCGGAUGAGUCUGUUACCGUGAGGGGUGCUCGAAAAGACGAUCCUCACAUAGAUGUGUUACCAUGGAACGAUCCUACAAUGAUACUUGAAAAGAUUACAGAACCAGAAAAUAAAUGGGAUAGUAAUAUAUUCAAGAUGACGAAACCUCCCAAAGCGCAGCUCGUUAAAGUUGCCACAGCGCCUAGUCACACGGGAGAUGGAGGAUUUUUAUUUAGUUUCACUUCCAUAAGCCACAAUCCCAGAUACUAUGUUUGGCUUAAAGGUGAUUUUGUGGACGGAAUGCAGUAUGAUAAAAUAAUCAGAGUUUAUAUGGCUGACGUUUCGCUUCAUGGGAAAACUGAUGGUUCGCAAGACAUCCGUUCCGAACAUUUAAUAGACGGAAAUGUACCAGAGAAGGGCAAGUUCAUUUCAUUUGUGCGUAGAGGUACAAACGUGCUCUAUAUAAGGUGCAACAAGCUAUUCAAGGAUCCCGGUAAGACAGAAUUUGUUUUAUAUCCGGAAGGAAAAAACACGUUCUUCGCGAAUGUUGAAGACACAGUAAAAGAUCCACACGACAUUCCUAUUUCCCAAUUUCAAGAAGAAUUUGCCACUUAUGGCGUCAGCAUAUACAAGUCACCUGAGGCCAAGGAUGGCAUCGACCUCGAGUUCGUAUUCGACACAGACAACGCCAUAUGGGCUACAUACAAGAGACCUAUCUAUUUCAUAUGCGCAAGAAAGGAUUACGAUUUAAAAAAGCAUUCUUAUGCUGUAGUCGCCGUAGAUCCAUUCUUUCAGCACCGCCGUUUAUAUGGUUGUGGCACUAAACCUGAAAUAUUUCUCAAUAAUGAAGGAAAGAGGAACACUGAAACUCGCUGCAGUUUUACACUCGAUGGGAAGCGAACAGUGGGAUUUUUCUGCCCAUCCCCUGUUCCGGAGCACUUCCUCAGCGGGAACCAGAGUCAGUGGGCACCGUCCAAAGCUAAGAGCAAUGUGAACAGCAACCCCUAUCACAUUAUGAUACGGUGUUAUGAUCGCUCUAAACGAUUCCAAAAGAUUUUUAAACCGAAGGUCGACAUCAAUUUUUUCGAAAAACUUGCUAGCGUUGGCGAGCUUCGGUCUCUAUGGAUUUUUUCGCGAGGUCAGUUCAUAAGGGAAGGCAGAAAACCAUUAUCUCUGGUUCUAUGCAGUUGUUACAACACAGAGGGAAAAAACACUGCAAGCAUUUAUAUUUCUCCUGGGUUCAGAAAAAAGUUUGCUUAG